AUGUUGUACCUGUUACAACUGUUCGUGCUUCCAAACCCAAAGUUCAAUCAAGUGUUGCUUAGAAGAAAGGGAAGGGAAAAUCAGUUGAAAAGAGGAAAUAGAAGGGAUGCUAUCUCUCCCUCUGGUAAUAAAUCUAAGAAAGGCACUUCUAAAAGGAAUAGAAGGGAUUAUAAAUCCAAAUUCCCUCUGUCUAUGUCUGAUUUGGUUUUUGAGUCGAAUGUUAACACAUCUGAGAAAACAACUGAAACCAACGAAGGAGAACCUCAGAACCCUAAGCCUGUGUCUGAAGUUGUUGAAACAAUUAUUCCAACCGCUGAUAACCCUAAUCAGGUGAAUUUGGGAUCUGACGCUGAAAGGAAGGAUCUUAAUUCUAAACUAGUUGAAACUGAAAUGGAAGACGCCCCUACAGAGGUUGAACCUGAAAUUGCUGAUAAAUCACCAACAAUUGCUGAGAUGGUGACAAAAAAAUCAACCCAUGUUGUCACUGAAGAGGUUGUCAUGACGGAUGUUGAGACAUCCCUGAAUGAGCAUGAAGAAGUUGAAACUGCUGAGAAGGAAGCCACGAAGGAAACUGCUGUUGAGAAAGAUGUUGAGACAACUUGCACAACAUCUGAAUCUUCUGAUGAAGGAACUAGAACUGCUCAAGAAGAUACCUCUGCUGAUGAAGAGGAUACUCAGACUGAAGAGAGUAACCAGUCCAUCCCCAUAGAUGAGCAAGAAGUUGAAGCUGACAAGAGUGUAGAAGCUGAGAAAGAGAAAGAAAAAGAUGAACCAAGGUUGACUAUGAUUAUGGGACCUUUAUCUUUGAUCAAACCAUUAAGCAUAUCAGAUCUACUGCUGUGA